UGGAAAGUGGGCGGGAACCGCAGGGGCCCCCGGGAGCCUGCGUCCUCCCUGGGGGGCCAUCGCGCCCUUAACCGCCGUCGUGGCACCUGGAGCCCUGUCUCCCUGCCAAAUUCCCCUGGCUUUUGCAGCCCCGGCAAGAAAGCAAGGAAAGGGGGUCUUUCUUGGUCCGCCGAUCCCGGGGCUUCUCGGGAAGCUGGCAGGGCGGGUCCCUGCGGCCCAGGAAGCGCUCCGCGGAGAGUGAGCGAGCCCAUUCUCCACCCUCUGCCUUACACUCCCUCAACCCUUCCAAGCUGUCCUCCGCCCGCCCGCCUCUCCGUCUGCCUUGUAAAAAGAGCUAGAAGAGAGGUGACAAUUGGGUGGAGAGUCUACGAGCCGCGCGCUCCCCGCCGGAGCCUCGGUCCCUGUCGCGGCGCCAGGCGCCCCGCCCCCGCCCGGUAAAGUCUGCAGGACGGAUUCUCCUUCCUCGCUGCUGGGUCCCUCUCUUUCCCAGACCCUUCUUCCCGGGCCAAGGCUUUCGGAACCGCCCCCUCAGGUUUCCCAACGCGCGGACAACACUCUCAGGACGCCCCUCUUCCUCCGUAGACAAAGGGGCUUUGCCAGGUCGGCGGACCGCUCUACUCCCCGGCCCCGCCAGGCCCAGACGGCUGGGACUCACUCGCGAACUAGGGACCCGUUCCAUCCGUCCUGCCGCAGGGUGAAGAUGCCCUCAUUGCUCCGCCGCCCUCCCCCUGGGUAGGCGGUGGGGACCACGGGCCCAAGUAGAUGGAAUGAAGUUCUGAGUUCUGAAUUCCGGGCUGAGCAAGAUGCGCGGGUCCCAGCCCGCUCCGCCGCCUGUAGCCGCGGCAGGAGGAGGACAGAGGAAGGGACGCCGAACGUGCGUGCGCCAGUCUGUUCGUGUUUAAUUUACAAAGGAUCCUCGGAACCUCGGUCGGGUCGUCUCUUUGGAUGCUGCGCUCCUCGCGCGUCUCUCUCCUCCACCUCCCCAGUUCACUGAAAUGCUCAACACUCAGAUCGCGAAACUGAGCUUCUCAGAGGCCCCAAACCCGCGCCACCGCCAGAAACAACCCCCCUCCAAGGCCUGUGGUGAGGGCUGGGUGCCUAGGGCGCCCCGGAGAGCUCAGUGUCUACGAAAAGGAACGGGUCUCAGCAACAGAUGUGGGAAGCCCCCUGGGGCUAUCGUCCUGGCUCCGAGACAUCGAGUCUGGAGAAGGAGUUGAAGCCCGAGGCAGCACUCGGGGAGUCUGCGAGCAGCGGGAUCCGCUAUGGUGCCCCUGCCCGCCGUGUGGCUGGCCUGGGCGCUGCUAGGAGUGGCGGGAGCGUGCCCAGAGCCGUGCGCCUGCGUGGACAAAUAUGCGCACCAGUUCGCUGACUGCGCCUACAAGGAGCUGAGCGAGGUGCCCGAAGGACUGCCGGCCAACGUGACCACGCUUAGCCUGUCGGCCAACAAAAUCACUGUGCUGCGGCGUGGGGCCUUCGCCGACGUCACGCAGGUCACGUCGCUGUGGCUGGCGCACAAUGAGGUGCGCACGGUGGAGCUGGGCUCACUGGCGGUGCUGAGCCAGCUCAAGAACCUCGACCUGAGCCACAACCUCAUAUCCAGCUUCCCAUGGAACGAUCUGCGUAACCUGAGCGCGCUGCAGCUGCUCAAAAUGAACCACAACCGCUUGGGCUCGCUGCCCCGGGACGCACUCGGUGCGUUGCCCGACUUGCGCUCCCUGCGCAUCAACAACAACCGGCUGCGUACACUGGCUCCUGGCACCUUCGACGCUCUAAGCGCGCUGUCACAUCUGCAACUCUAUCAUAACCCCUUCCAUUGCAGUUGCAGCCUUGUGUGGCUGCAGGCAUGGGCCGCCAGCACCCGGGUCUCGCUACCGGAGCCGGACUCCAUUGCCUGCGCCACGCCUCCCGCGCUGCAGGGAGUCCCGGUGCACCGCCUGCCGGCCUUGUCCUGUGCACCGCCCAGCGUGAGUCUGAGUGCCGAGCCGCCGCUGGGGGUGCCGGGUAGCACCCUGCGCGCCGGCCUGGCGCUCUUCUUACAUUGUGUAGCAGAAGGACACCCUACGCCCCGCCUGCAAUGGCAACUUCAGAUCCCGGGUGGUACCGUGGUCCUAGAGCCGCCCCCGAGCGGGGAGGACGAGGACGGGCCGGAAGACGGGGAGGAGGAAGGAGAUGGAGACGGGCCGGCGCAGACAGAGGCCCCAACCCCGAAUCCGGCACCCGCUUGGCCCGCGCCCCCAGCCACCCCACGCUUCCUGGCACUCACAAAUGGCUCCCUGUUGGUGCCCCUCCUGAGUGCCAAAGAAGCAGGCGUCUACACGUGCCGUGCCCACAACGAGCUGGGCGCCAACUCCACCUCAGUACGCGUGGCAGUGGCGGCUGCCGGGCCCCCAAAGCACGCUUCUGGCGCAGGGGGAGACCCGGAUGGGCAGACGCCGACCUCGGAGCGCAAGUCCACAGCCAAAGGCCGGGGCAACAGCGUCCUGCCCUCCAAGCCCGAGGGCAAAAUCAAAGGUCCGGUCCAGGGUAGCAUCCUUGGGGAGACGGAGGCCGGGCCGGAGGAGGAGGAGGCAGGUGAGGGAGAGGAGGUGGAAGACCAGGUCUCUGCAGACCCGGUGGAGGAGCAGCGCUGUGGCCACGGGGACCCCUCGCGCUAUGUGUCCAACCACGCGUUCAACCAGAGCGCGGACCUGAAGCCACAUGUCUUUGAGCUGGGCGUCAUCGCGCUGGACGUGGCAGAGCGCGAGGCGCGGGUGCAGCUGACGCCGCUGGCGGCGCGCUGGGGUCCUGGACCUGGCGGGGCUGGAGGAGCGGGUCGGCAGGGGCGGCGGCCCCUGCGCCUGCUCUAUCUGUGCCCGGCGGGGGGCGGCUCAGCAGUGCAGUGGUCACGCGUGGAGGAGGGUGUUAACGCCUAUUGGUUCCGCGGCCUGCGGCCUGGCACCAACUACUCCGUGUGUCUGGCGCUGGCAGGGGAGGCCUGCCACGUGCAAGUAGUGUUCGCCACCAAGAAGGAGCUGCCUUCGCUGCUGGUUAUCGUAGGGGUCAGCGUGUUCCUCCUGGUGCUGGCCACCGUACCUCUGCUGGGAGCCGCCUGCUGCCAUCUGCUGGCCAAACACCCGGGAAAGCCUUACCGGCUGAUCCUGCGGCCCCAGGCGCCCGACCCCAUGGAGAAGCGCAUCGCCGCCGACUUCGACCCUCGUGCUUCCUACCUCGAGUCCGAGAAAAGCUACGCGGCAGGCGGCGAAGCCGGCGGCGAGGAGCCAGAGCAGGCUCCUGGCGAGGGCCUUGACGAAGACGCGGAGCAGGAGGACCCAGGUGGGGACUUGCAAAGAGAGGAGAGCCUGGCGACCUGCUCACUGGUGGAGUCCCAGUCCAAGGCCAACCAAGAGGAGUUCGAGGCGAGCUCCGAGUACAGUGAUCGGCUGCCCCUGGGUGCCGAGGCGGUCAACAUUGCCGAGGAGAUUAACGGCAACUACAGGCAGACAGCCGGCUGAACCCCCAGCCCGCCCGGCGCGCCCGGCCCGCCCAUUCUCAUCCCCCCCCCUUGGGUGCCUGGGAACGCAAGCCUAGGGCUGGUAGGAUUUAUGGCCCCCUCACUCCGCCCCCUUUACUACCCCCAACCUUGACUCCUGGGGACUUAUCUUGGGGAGUGGGACGAUUUCACCAGUCCUCUGCAAUCCGUUAUCGCCAUUGUCCUUGAGGACUGGAUCCCCAUCCAGCAAGCACAGUUCCUGCUCCACUCUCCCGUGUAAGACACCACCUCUGACCGUGAGGCGAAAUCCACGCCUCUCCAUUCCCACGCAAUUGUUAUCUUCGAAAUCCCCUGUGAAACCCGCCCCACCGUGGGCCCUGGAGCCAGAGGAAAUGGGAGAAGACUUUGGAAACAUCUGGCGGUAACGCUGUGGCUCGGGGGUCGGCCGGGGACCCCCAGCAGACGUCCUUGGAGCUUUGUCCCUCUUCGACCCCUACUCUGCCCUUUCCCGGGUGCAUGUCCCAGAAGCCAGGAUUCGGUGACAACUCCCUAGUUUUUAGUUUCAAAACCCCCUUGCGACUGGGACCCAAACUCUUCUGUUGCCCCCCCCUUCCCCGCCCCACUCGGCUUCUGACCGGCUGGCUGGAGCGGAGCCCCGUGCCUGGGGCGCCUCUCAGCUCCGCGCCCCGAUUUUCAUAUUUUCGUUGUUUUCAAAGACAGCGACACUCCUGGUCUGGUGCUAACACUUUUCCCAGCCUUUGGGAAAACGCGCGCGCGCGUGUGUAUAUGUGUGUGUGUGUGUGUGUGUGUGUGUGUGUGUGUGUGUGUGUCGAGGGUGGUGGGGACCGUUUUCUUUCGCGUGCUCUCCUGACUUACAGCGCAGCGGAACCCAGCCCUUUUUCCGCCCGAGGGUGCGGGCUUGCUCCCGGGCCAGUUUCGUUAGGGAUGGAUUGGGGUUUCCGGAGAUCGGUGCGACAGCUGCGC